AUGGCCUCCACCGCUGCCGCUGACGCCGACGCCGCCACCGCCACCAAGGAAGCAAUAGAAAACCUGUGGGAAGAAGUGAGAGACCUCAGCCUAGGCUCAACCACCACCCAAAUUGACCACCUUCCUACUCCACCCAGCCCCCUCCAAUUCCUCCGCGAUUACAUCUCUCCCAAUAAACCUUGCCUCAUUUACAACUCCAUCAGCCACUGGCCAGCCCUCUCUUUAUGGCCCUCAACUUCUUACCUCCAAGAAACCCUCAAAUCCUCCCCUGUUUCACUCCACCUCACCCCCACCGGCCGCGCCGACUCCCUAAUCCCCCACCCUCACUCCAACCCCAGCUCCUCCCCUCUCGUUUUUGCCUCAGCUCAUGUUAAAAAAGUCCCUUUUUCGACUGCUCUGAGAAGGGUUUCUGAAUCUAAUACUUGUACUGAAAAGGGUGCAAAACGUUGUGUUGCUUAUUUGCAAGAACAGAAUGAUUGUUUUAGAAAUGAGUAUGGUGAUUUAUCCCAGGAUUGUGAUGAUCAUAUCCCCUGGGCUUCUCAGGCCCUGGGAUGCCUUCCUGAAGCUGUUAAUCUUUGGAUUGGGAAUCAGUUGUCUGUGACUUCAUUUCAUAAAGAUCAUUAUGAAAAUCUUUAUGCUGUCAUUACUGGGGAGAAGCGAUUUUUGCUUCUUCCGCCUACUGAUCUCCACAGGAUGUAUAUUCGCGACUAUCCAGCAGCUCAGUAUCACUACUCUGAGGAUACGGAGGAUUUUGAAUUAGAAAUUGAGGAUCCAGUGAGGUAUGUACCAUGGUGUAGUGUGGAUCCAUACCCUUCAUUUGAGGACACAAACAGGCAAAUGGCUGAGUUUCCUUUGUACUAUAAUGGGCCAAAGCCAUUUGAAGUUACAGUCAAGGCUGGGCAAGUCCUUUAUUUGCCAAGUAUGUGGUUCCAUCAUGUUAGUCAGUGCCCAGACAGCAGAGGACUGACAAUUGCAGUGAACUACUGGUAUGAUAUGCGGUUUGAUAUUAAAUAUGCUUACUUCAACUUCUUGCAAUCCGUAAACUACAUCAGUGACUCAGCAUUUCGGGGAGGACAUUUGGAUUCACAUUCUAAGGUGUCAACAAGUAAAGGAGAAGAUGAGUUGGAGAUGAUAGAAUUUGUACAAAAUGGAGAUGCAACAGGGCAAGGAGAUAGUGAUUAUGAUGAUUGAGCUAGUUGUAGUAAAUGUCUGGAGUCUGGCAAAGCAGAAUAUACUAAGAGGAUUUUGAGAAGCUAACUGGUGACACUACAGAUGAUUUGACCUAAUGGAAGUGAUGAUGAUAGAUCAGCCUCUGUAUUGGGUUUAUCGCAUUUUGCAAUCAGAAUUUGGGAUAUCAAUGUAAGUGCACAAAUCCCAGUACUAGCAGAGUUCAGAAUCUUCAGAUGGAGCCAAUGGGAGUUCAGAUGGAGCUUAAAAGAGGUGAAAAGUUUUGGGCUUUGUGGGUUGUCAAACUGGGUCUGGAUCCUCCUUGGGCAAAACUUGGCUUUACUUUGAUCUUCAAUGUCCCCAGAGAUAUAUUUAGAUUUUUUUUCUAACAUCACACCUCAAAAUACAAUUUUGAGGUUUAUUGCACAGAUAGGUUUGGGGUGUACUUCUCUGUGUUGUUCUGUACAUUGCACACAGAAACGACCACAUUGAUAUUGACAGUGCCUUUUUUUCUGUUGCUAUUAUUGAAAAUCUGUAAAAAAUUAUCAAAUCCACUUCUGCA